CCUCAAGCCUUAUAACUCCCUAAUAUCUGGCGGGAAGCUUCAUCAGUUGCACCUGCGAGGAGGAGGAAAGUCUUGCCUUUAUCUGCCUUAUUUUGGAAAGUGACCAUUCAGAGCUCCCUCCUUACCUGGAUUUCCCUCCCUGGAGAACUUGAAGCUGAAAUCUUGAACCCCAGCCUCUCUGGGCGCUCAGCUCCAGCGUUUCUUGCUUCUCUUCAUUUUCGGCUCCAUCUCAGGCUGAGGGAUGGGGUCCAUGGGGCUCCAGAUAAUGGGCAUUGCCCUGGCCGUGCUGGGCUGGCUGGCUUCCAUGCUGUCCUGUGCGCUGCCCAUGUGGCGGGUGACAGCCUUCAUCGGCAGCAACAUCGUGACUGCCCAGACCAUCUGGGAGGGUCUGUGGAUGAACUGUGUGGUCCAGAGCACGGGCCAGAUGCAAUGCAAGGUGUACGACUCGCUGCUGGCCCUGCCCCAGGACCUGCAGGCGGCCAGGGCCCUAGUGGUCAUCUGCAUCAUCGUGGCAGCGCUCGGCGUCCUCCUGGCCCUGGUGGGUGGCAAGUGUACCAACUGUGUGGAGGACGAGACCUCCAAGGCCAAGACCAUGAUCGUGGCCGGCGUUGUCUUUAUCCUGGCUGGCAUCCUGAUCAUCAUUCCCACUUCCUGGACCGCCCACAACGUUAUCCGGGACUUCUACAAUCCUCUGGUGGCCUCUGGACAGAAGAGGGAGAUGGGUGCCUCUCUGUACAUUGGCUGGGCUGCCUCAGGCCUGCUCAUGCUUGGAGGGGCUCUGCUGUGCUGCAACUGCCCACCCCGGAGUGAGAAGUCCUAUUCAGCUAAGUACACUGCUGCCCGCUCUGCCCCCACCAGCAACUACGUGUAGAGAGUAUCGGGAGGACACUGGACAGAAGGGGAAGAGGGGCGGUGAGGCCUGCUGUGGCUGUCCUUCCUCGCCCCCACCUCCUUACCCGGACCCUGCUUGGAUACAUCCUUUUUCCUUCCGUUCUCCCUGACUGUUUGGGCCCCGACGCUUGACAGAGAUUGGACUCUCCCUUGGACAGAGAGCCUGGCCCAAGCCCGUUUGUCUCCCUAUGCCUGGAGUCUGGGUAGGUGGGAGGGUAAGGGUGGGUUGGUGCCUGUUGGAAUCAGCAACCAAACAAUGCCGGGGGGAUGUCACCUGUUCUAGCUGGGGUGCCCCCUCCGGGUCCUCCUUUCUCUCAAAAACACCCUCACCUGACUCCUUCUGGGGGUGCCUGGAAACCUAGGGCUUUCUCUUCUGAGAAACGCAGAGGGAGUGGGCUGGGGGGCGGGAGUAGGGCCCUGCCUUUCUGGAAGACCGAAGCUGUUCGUGCAGUUUCCCAGAAAGAGAAAGAAGAGCUGUUGGUGGAGCUGGCUGAGAUCCCACUCCACUGCCUGGGGGCUCCUGGAAACGGAGAAGGAAGAGAUCCUUUAGCCAGGGGCUCAAUGUCACAGUCAGUGCUGGCUGGUUCCCUCCCCCCCCCCCCCCCCCCCCCCCCCCCCCCCCCGUCCUCCUGGACUCUGUGUGUGUGUGUGUGUGUGUGUGUGUGUACGUACCCUCAAAUGGGCACAUCCGCAAACCCAUUUCCAAUCCUGUAUGUAUCCUCCGUGGUCCCCAUAUCUCCUCCUUUUCCCUCUAAUCUAUGAGGGUUCAUCUUUUGUACUGCAGUUUCCUCUAGAAGUAAAAGGGUCCCAGAGGGGCCCUCUCUAAGGAAGCAGGGAGCCCGCCCACUCCAGCAGCUCACUGAAACUCAGCAUCUUGGAUAGGCAGGGGAUAGUUCAGGUGGCCCAGCCCCGUCUCCCAUCUCUGCCCUAGUGACAAGAGCCCCGAAGUGGGCCAACUGGUUUGGGAGGUGGGUGACUGAGGCAGGCCCAAGGGGGGAAGUGGCUCACCUUGUCUCCUCCCUGCUCUCUCCCAUUUCCCUGUUUGCAAAGUUCUCAGGACAAACAAACGGGGACGGGACUUUCCAGAAUCCCUGGUCUCCCUGAACCUCUCCCUCCCCAGAACCCUAGGUGACUGGCUCCCUCCCACCUCAGGGCAACUGAACUUUAGAAUAUGGGGGGAGCAGGGCAGGGCAGAGCCCUGGAGAAGAUGAUUCUGAGGAGCUAGGACUUGGGUGGGUUGGGGAGUAGUGAGUGCAGAUGAAGAGGCAUUUCUCUGUUUCCCCUCUCCCCCCAUGGUUUUGGGCAGCUUCCUGCCUAGGAUAAUGUUUCUGUUUUGUAAUUAAAAGUAUCCAUACAUUGUAAUUAUUAUUUUCUACAAUAAACUGGAUCUGUACAUGGAA